AUGUUGUUAUUAAUUAUCCUGCUAACCCUAUGCCCGUUCAGGUUUAAUCUGAAAUCUGUCCUCAUAGGCAAAUCUGUUUUUUUAAAUGAGGGAAAUUUUACUUUUCGCGACAGACACUCCAUUAUUAGCCUGCCAUUCCGGGUUAAUUGCGAGUCUUUGUUCAACUCAACCUCUAGGGUAAACACCAUCAUGCCAACAGAUUAUUUUCUCACGGUCCAACCUUAUUUCCCACCGUUUGUGUUGCUCAGUGAUCCGAAAGUAUUUACGUUUGAUGGACAAUACAAAAUGCACAUGCGAUGCGUCGAAAAUACAUCUCUGAUCGUGAUGAACUCAAGGGAAAUUAGCAUAGAAGUGUCAACCCUCUCUUUGCGAGAAGUCAACGAGAGUGGGGAUGCGCUGUUGCAAUUGCCGACACCCUCCAUACAGUACGACGAAAGGCUCCAGACGGUCGGACACUUCUACUCGCUGUCGUUCAACUACACCGGGCUUCUGGGAGACAGCAUGGAGGGCUUCUAUCGGACACCGGUUUACACGUUCUUCUUUGAUAGGUGGUUGGCUGUGACUGACUUUGAAUGCUGUGCCGCGAGAAUGGCCUUGCCGUGUUUCGACGAACCUCGUUUUAAAGCCGUAUUUCACUUGGAAAUAAUUCACCCCACCUCCAUGGUCGCCUUAGCCAAUAACGAGAAGAACAGUGACGAAGAUUACGGAACAACUUUCAAACCAUCUCCAAAAAUGUCCUCCUACUUGCUAGCAUUUACAGUGUGCGAGUUUAAUCAUACGGAAAAAGUAACUGUCAACGGAGUACUGGUGAGUUCUGUUAAAUUAUUAUUGUUCAACUCUGUUUUACCGUACUACGCCGCUUACUUUGACCGGAAAUUUCCUUUGCCAAAGCAAGAUAUGCUUGCCGUUCCGGACUUCGAAGCGGGAGCCAUGGAAAAUUGGGGUCUCGUGACGUACAGGGAGACGGCGUUGUUGUACAACACGAAAACUUGCUGGAAAAAGAACAGAGAUCGGGUGGCCACUGUUGUUGCUCAUGAGUUAGCUCACCAGUGGUUCGGUGACCUGGUGACGAUGCAAUGGUGGAACGACAUUUGGCUGAACGAGGGAUUUGCCCGCUUGUUCGAAUAUUUUGGCGCCGGCUACAUACUUAACGAACCGACUCGCGUGGUAAUUUCGCCUAUUAUAUAA